AACGUCUGAAGAAGAAAGAAAAACAACGACGCGUCGUUUUUGUGAUACUCACUUUGACUAUUGAAGUUUCCACGUGCCACCGCACACGAGCGAGAAAAUCUGGCGGUGGCGGAGACUCAUUACCACCGUCCGCAUUGCCUCUUACCUUGUGUUUGGCUGCCCUGAAUAACAGUAACUCUUAACUGCAUUCUGCUUUCUAUCUUCUGUUUGGCUGAAAAUUUUCUCGGAAACCAAACACCAUAGUGUUAUAGAAGGCCUUCUUUCUCUUUGGGUGGUUCAUGUAAAUAGCAUACUGUUUGAUAAAUGGAAGCUCCCGAAGACCGCGUCUCAAACCAUUCUCCGAAACUAGCAGGAACUGUCAACUGGGGCACGGCGACUGUCAUCGGGGUGUUUGCAGGCUUGUUUUACGGUGGUAGCAAGGAAGCAGCUGCUUCAGUUAGCAAAGAUGCAGAAGUAAUGUUGAAGCUGGGGAGCACGCCAGACAAGCGUGAACAAUAUCGUCUCAUGAGAGAUGCAAUGGAGAAGAGGUUCAUUCGUGUCACUCGGGGCUCGAUAGUUGGUGGAGUGCGUCUUGGAUUGUUUACUGCAACUUUUUGUGGUAUGCAGAAUCUGCUUGCCGAGAAAAGGGGCGUGCAUGAUGUUUUCAAUGUUGUUGGAGCCGGUUCAGCCACUGCUGCUACGUUUGCUCUAAUAAUGCCAGGAUCGUUGGCUUGGCGAGCAAGAAACGUGAUGUUGGGUACUGCCCUAGGGGCGGCGUUUGGUUUUCCACUUGGGUGGGCCCAUUUGAAGCUGGUAGGGAAGGCAAAUGAAGGGAAUCUGGCUGCACAUCCUGAUUCAGAUCAAAGAGAAGCAAGGAGUGGUGUUGGUGCUGCAAUUGACAGGCUGGAAGAAAACUUGAAUAAGUAGAACAGAAGAUUCAGCGAGGCAAGACUUCCCCGCUGCCCAGCACUAAAAGAGAAGGAUGGAACUCGAGAAAAAGUAGUAAGAUGAGCUAAGAACUUUGCACUAUUUGUUGUUGCGUUUAUUGAGGAAUAACGACACUUGGUGAAUAUUUUGAAGGUGUUUUCAUUAAAAAGUGUUAUGAUAAUUGCAAACACAA